GUUAAGGAGUUUGUCUCUAUACACAAAUUUCAUUAUGGUUUGUAGUGUAUAAUACACAAAAGAGCGCCGAAUGAAAAUAAUCGAUGAUAAAGAUUGAUUUACCUAUUGACAGCAGAUAUAUCGGCUGUACCGUGUAGCCCAUUGCUUUUAAAUAUCAUGGAUUAAAAACACAAUGCCAGCAUGAUAACAUUUCCUUCGUUCUUCAGAAAGACACUUUGGAUUUAUAUCUGCCACGAGGACAGUUUCCUUUAGGAAAGAAGAAAUGCUAGUUUGUCGAAGAAAGUCAGAGAGUUAAGAAAUGAAAUAAAGGAAAACGAACAUGGUGCAGGAGAGUCAGAAAAUGGAAGCAUUGAUUGGUCACGUGAUCAAUGAUGCUCCGCACGAAUGUCUUCGAGAGCUGAACAGAAACCUCGACAUUGUCGACGAAGACAUAACUAUUGAUUGCACAACUUUGACCAAUCACUGCGUCUGCGCAGAAAAUUUCGAAUACUUCCGGAAACCAGAACACAUGUUACAAUGCCUACGAAAACAGAAGUGUUUCCAUUGUCAGAGAUAUCGUUGCAUGGACAAGAAACAUGAAAUAGUUACAGCGUCAACAAAACUGAUCCUUAUUACAGCAGCAAUGGGAAGCUUUGAGCUCUUCCGCUUCCUUCAUAGACACGGAUGUUGCCUAGAAACGAAAUCAGGAAUAUUUGAACUUCGACCUUUACAUUUAGCCAUUGCAAAUGGGCAUUUUAACAUUUUCUGCUAUCUUCUAGCGCAACAGGUAGACGUGAACGCAACGAUACGUUCUCAAGGGACUUCUUAUUCGCCGUUGAUGAUGGCUGUGAUGUAUGGACAGGACGAUAUGGUGCGCCAUCUACUGAUGUGCAGGGGAAUUAAUCUGAGCUACCGUAAUUCCAUGCUUCAGUCCCCAGUCUUGUUUGCGGUACAGAACAACAAUUUAGACCUGGUUAACAUUCUGCUCGGUGCGGAGGAAGUGCUACAAAAUAACCAUCUCAGUGCACAGAAGAAAAAAAUAAGAAACCUCCAUCAUCCGUGCGCCAUGUUGGAAGCUCUCAAAAAGGAUAAUAUUACCGUAUUGAAAGCUCUUCUUAGCAACGGGUGUCAAGCGGAUUUCGUGUUCAGCGGCUACCACACGCAGACGACAGCGUUAGUUUUGGCGGCAGUUUGUAAUUCGUUUAAAUGUUUAGAACUUCUUGUUGACCACGGUGCUGAUACAGAAGUUGAAGUGAAUGGUUUCACGGCUUUAGACUGGUCAGAACAGUUGGACUGGACUGAAUGUAGCAAGGCUUUACAAGGUGCUAAAUUUAGGAAUCUUCUGAAGGGUUUAGAUAGUGACAAUGAUGCAAGCGGUUCAGAAGCUUCAGAUGAUAUCGCGACAAGUCAAGAUGUCACUGUCACUACUGACAUUGCAGAACAUGAUGUAGACCAUUGUCAUCCCAAUGAUGAAGAAACUGAAUGUACGGCUUCUGAAAACAUAAGUCCUCUUUUCGCAAUAUGGAGUUUUAUUCAAUGGAUUGACGUCAGCGAGCCUAUACGGAGACUCAUUGCGAAAGGCAAUGACGUCAAUACACGUGACAAGUAUGGACGCACUUGCUUGCACGUGGCCGUUGAGGAACAAAAUGUCAGCGGAGUAAGAACCUUGCUUCAGCUUGGUGCUGACGCAGAAUUACGUGACGUCUGUGACGCCACACCAUUGUGGCACGCGGUGUACUGGAACAAAGAAAGUAUGAUAAAAGAACUUAUUUUUGCGAAUGUGUCUCUGGAAUGUCACGCGCGUGAGGAUGCUUACCGCAUUGGAUUACCAUGGGUUGACAUUCCUCAGCUGGACAGUGCAAAUUUAGAGUAUAGAUCAGCUCUUCACUCCGCGGUUAAGAAAAACUUUUCACAGACUGUUCGACUCUUUCUUGAAGCGGGUUAUAAAACAGACAAGGAAAACUUUGAAGAGUUACUGUCUAUAGCAAAACCGGACGUUAAAGAAAUGUUAUUAAAACAGUCUAGCCAACCACAGUCGUUAUUCAACAUAACGAGAAAUUACAUUCGACGAAAGUGCAAAAGAAAGAUACACAGGCUUCUAAAUGAAACAGAUCUUCCACUCCGUGUUAAAGACUGCUUACUCCUUAGAGAUAUUGUUGAUCUUAAAAUUGAGCCAGACUUAUAGCUAAUGUUUAUUCAGGGCCAACCUGAAAAUUUUAAUACGCUAUGUGGCCAUUGUUAGGAAUGACGGUGUUUACAUCAAAGCGCGUCUGCAUUGUGAGAUCAAUGAGUAGUGAAAGAUCAGUAGACAUUGAUGACUGGUUAAAGGCGAGACGUUGUUUUCAAACUACUAGUAUAAGAUGGCUGGUUAAAAGCCAGACAUUGUUUUAAAAUUUUAGAUGGUUCGAUAAAUGUUAGAUAGAUUGUUACAGGGUAUUGCAAAGAAAGAUUGUUGGUUAAAAGCCAAGAGAGGACAUUUGUCAAGUGAAAACUGCCUUAUCUCUCAAAAUUUGAGCAUUCAUUGCAUGUGUUUAUGCACUAUGUGCAUAUUUGUCAAAACUCUACUGAAGCAGGUCUACGUUCCAUCAUUAUAUGUCUUUCUCCUCCGGUAUUUUUGUCUAAUUUCUAUCUGUGUGGUGCAACCUAAAAUAAUAAAUGGAACACCAGUAACAAA